GGACCAUAUCUUCGUUCCAGAUAAGGUCAGCUAAAGUUUUGAAACAUUUUAUAAUACAGCAUUUAGUACUAAACAAGAUAUGGUGGGGUAGGGGAGCGAUGAGCAAGGUCUUCACUGCUCAACAUCCAACACUUCCCAUCUUCAAACUGUUCUGUAGUGAUUCAUGUGUUUUUAUCCCCAUUUAUCAAAAUAGGAGACUCCAAAAAGAAAACAUGACAGCAGAAAAGAAACAUGUCCACUAUAAAAAAUACUGUAAAUGCAUCCAGUUUAUAAUAAAUGAUAUAAACUAAGCAUGUGUGCCACCAUCCCAAUGCUGCAACAUUCAUUUACAGAAUCUGAGUGAUUAGAUAACGGAAACUGGAACACAAGAUCUAAGCAGCACAAAAGGUUGAGUACAGAUUAGGCAGGUAAACCUGUACUGGUUUAGACCCUGGACUUAUUGUCUGAUAGGAUAUUCCACCCACCCUCGCACUUCAGUGAUAUGUAUUAAUUCAACAUGUAGCACUCUUGACCUUUCUCCUUGUCAUUCCUCAAAAGCUCAUUUCUUUAAAUGUCGAACAUUUUAAAGCGCACCACCCCUUGUAUACCUUCGUCUUUCUGGUUUGCAAGCUGGCUGGCUGGCUGGCAGGGCUUCUUUCUCUUUCCUUUCCUUUUUUAAAAACUGAUGCGAGUCGCUUUGGAAAGCAACAAUUGUCUGAAAAGUGGGAUAAAUUAUACGGUAACAGUGCAAUGCUAAGUGGGGUGUGUAGGGAAACCCAAAGGUGAACCUACCACUUUAAUCCCCAUCUCUGCUGGAUUGGUGCUAGCAGAAUGGGAGUGAGGGCAGAGGAGGGUUGCCACAUUGGAAACAAUAGGUAAGAGGAGGGAAAGAUUUAGGCAGCCUAAGAAGUGUCUAAAUUUUCUCCAAGUUUGGCAGGCAGCAUUCGGAUACAGUUGCUGCCUGGAAUUACCCGGAAUGGCCUUGACACAAGGAUGGGGGGAGGGGGAUAGAUUCAGUUUUCAUUUAAAGGGAAACCUACCUGUUUUAGACUUUGCAAAACAAUACACAAACCAAAACACAGCCAUCCUUCGAAAUUUGCCCUUCUCCGAAUUUUACAGUUUGAUUUCCCCAGCCGUGUAAUGUGUACAGAAAUGCGCAUAGUAGGGUAAAGUGUCUUUUUAAAAAUGCAUAUAUUUUUGAAAAUAACAUACAAAAAAUGCAUUUUAUUCGGGGAAAUUAAUUUGCCAAAAAUGUGUAUACUAGGGGAAACCAAAAAAGCGCAUUAUUAGGAGAAUUUUUCACUAAAUGCAGGUGAACUUCUCGCAUUUAGAACAUUUGCAAAGUGAAGUGGAAAUGUGGGAAUUUAACUUAAAUGGGAUGAAACCAAAAUUGACCUUUUCGCCCACCGCUCCCCAGAAUUUUGCCCUACUGAUGUUAGAGUUCCAACCUAAGUUGGAAGCUAAGGAAUUGGAGAGGGAGGUUCUGAUAAUGGAUCUCUGGCAUUGGAGGAAGGUCCUGACCUUUUCAGUGGCCCCUGGGACACCUUAAAAAAGCAAAUAAAUGAUUGCUAAGUAGUAUUGAAUCAAAGGUUGGUCAUGACUGGGCAUACAGCCAUGUUUCUUGCUUGAUAGACAGAGUAAUUGUUUAAGAACUCAGCAAAUUAAUUAGUUAUAGAACAUGCAGUUCAAUACAGCAUAGGCUAUGGUUUCUCUUGCCAGAGAAGCAAAGAACUAAGUUGUUGUUUUAAGAAAGGGGGGGUACUGGAUUCUUUCUCAGAAAAGCUACUAAUUAAUCAAGAACUAUCAUUAAAAGCUUACUGAUUUCUUGGUUGUCCUUAUUUAAGAUGCAGAGCAAUACAUUGAAGGCUUAAAAAGGGAGAGAGAUCUGCUUUCUUACUGCCACCCAGCUUAUUUCAUUAACUUUAAGGAGAGUACCUCGCCUCGAGGAUCAUAACAGUAUGUUUAAGCUAACAUUCCAUAGCUUUGGCCAUGCAAGAUGCCAAGUUUCUCUCUUUUUUUUAAGUAAAAUGCAGCGGGAAACACUUUUCAAGGGUUGAAUGAGGAGAGCACCUUUGUAUGCAGGAAUAGGUAAAGGGACCCCUGACCAUUAGGUCCAGUCGUGACUGACUCUGGGGUUGAGGCGCUCAUCUCGCUUUAUUGGCCGAGGGAGCCGGCGUACAGCUUCCGGGUCAUGUGGCCAGCAUGACUAAGCCACUUCUGGCGAACCAGAGCAGCGCACGGAAAUGCCAUUUACCUUCCCGCCAGAGUGGUACCUUUGCACUUUGACGUGCUUGCACUUUGACAUGAUUUCGAACUGCUAGCUUGGCAGGAGCAGGGACCGAGCAACGGGAGCUCACCCCGUUGCGGGGAUUCAAACCACCGACCUUCUGAUCGGCAAGUCCUAGGCUCUGUGGUUUAACCCACAGCGCCACCCACGUCCCUUGUAUGCAGGAAUAGACAUGGUCAUUUACCUGUCUUUCAGAAGAGUAUUAUGAAAACCUAAUUUAUAAAGUCCCAAAUAACUAGGGGCUUAUUCAAAGAAGCAGCUCCUUCCACAUAGUUCUGUCUGUCUAUUAAGAUCUGAAGUUGAGGUCUGCCUGGCUGUUUUGCAUCAAAAGAACUAUCUCUUAUGCAGCAGUCAGAGAGAGGGCUCUCUCUUUGCAAUGGCACCCUAAUUGGUGCCAUUAUUAGUCAAUAUAGGCAUUGGGUCAGUUUUAUCUGUGGAGAUUGUGUGAACUAUUGGGUAGACGAGCUUGAAGGGGCUGCUGUUUCACACUGGGAGCCAACUAGCUUUUGAGAGGAGAUAAGGAGAAAGGCUGAGCUAUUCCUGAUGUAAGUCCAGAGUCUAAAUUUUCAUAACUGAUUUUCCUUGGUAAAUUAUUAAGUACUUGGGCAAAGAGAUUUAUGGUUUUGAGGGAAGCUAUGAGAAAAAUACAAUUAUAUUAUAUUCACUUUAGGAGAAGAACAGCUUUCGGCAUUGCUACUAUUCUUUCUUUGUGCCUGACGGUUGAAGAAAAAAAGUUGUUGUUUUUUGUUAUUGUUGGAGCAUUUGGUGCUUCCUGCCCUUCUUUCCUACAUCAAGCUGCAGACUGUAAGUUUCAUACGUUUAUUAAUUUUUUGUGUUAAAGAUUUAUUCAGAAGCUAACAAUAUUGAUUUCAUUUACAUCAGGGCUAAGCCAAAUGGAUGUCCCUUUAUUCCCCAUGAAAAUAGGUUGGGGACACACCAAAUGGGGGGGGGGGAGAGACAUAAUCCCCCCUAGCCAGUUCACAUUUUGUCAAGGGGAGAGGGAAUCGCCCGUCUCUUUUGCGGUGAACAAACAUUUUGCCACUUCAGUGGUGGCAAACUGCCACUUGAAAAAUAGCAAUCCACACUCUGAAUGAUUCUCAUCCGCAGAUGAUUUGCCUGCUUAGAGAGGCAAUGAAUUCCUGGCUGGUUACGAUGACCCACAUCACUAGUCUAGAAAAUAUUACACUCACCUUAGCUCAACUAUGUUUCCACUCAGUAGAAUUAUCAUGCUCAUUUUGUGGUCCCUGGUUGAGUAGGACCAGUCCUGGAACUAUACAUCAGAGGGGCAGAGUGGAGCUGAAGCAGUCGCAACUUGGGGAAACAGUGGCCAAGAACAGGUGUGAAUAUAACACUAACACACAGAGAGAGAGAGAGAGAGACACGAGGGAGAGGGAGAGGCAGAGGCAGAGGCAGAGGGAGAAAUGUGAUGUUGGAAAACCCUUUUUUGCUUCUCAAAAGCACAAUAUUUUUCCUUGAUAUGUUCAUGCAUGAAGAAUUAGCACAGCUCUACUUUAUAGAAGUUUGUUAUCCCUGAUAAAUACAUUUUUUGAAGAAGAAAAAUUGAUGGUGAUUUUAACUCUGUUUGGAACUUGUUGUUCUGCCUGUUGUUAAUGUGAUUUAUUUUUUUACUCUAUUUAAUGACAUUGCGUUUUUAAAUUGUUUUAGGCUGCCCUGUGUUCCUCAGCUUCAGAGAAGGCCCCUUAGUUAAUAUUGGAUUUGAAAAGAUAUUUGAUUGCUCUUAUUUGUGCCAAGUUAUAAAGUAGAACAUGUGAGCAGUUGAACAUAAAGUACUGAAGCAUUCUCUGUGCUAAGAGAAAGAGAUCAGAACAUACAAGUGUAAUCAUUAUCUGUGUCUAAUUUCUACUGCAGCUUUCUAAGGAAAUCUAAGGAACCUUUUCACUGCUUGUCACAUCAAAAUGGAUUAUUCCAAAUUCCUGUCCGAUGUAAGUGCAGCAAGGAAACCAAACGUUGCAAGACUUUCAAGUGAGUAGUUGCAUUUUCCAGUCAUCACCUGAUUUGCUUCACAAUUUUCAUUUUCUCCUGGCUUUAUAUUAAUAGAAUAUGCUUAUGCUCAGAAAAGUCUUGUUGAGAGAGAGUGCAAGUUCCCAUUCGGAAGAAUAAUGCUAUUGGGUAUUGUUGGUUUACCUUUUUGUAAACUGCUUUGAGGGGUUUUUACAAUCAAGCGGCGUAUAAAUUUUAUGAAAUAAAUGAAUAAUAAAUUGGGUGGGACUGCACCUCAGUGCUACAGCAGAUGGUUUGCACAGAGUCUCAUGUUCAAUCCCUGAUAGUAUUUCCAGAUUUUUUAAAGACCAGGUAACAGGUGAGACCUUUGCCCGAGACCCUGGCAAGUUGCUCCGAAUCAGAUUAAAUAAUGUAGCCAGGUAUAUAAGGCAACCUUGUAAUGCUGUAAUUAACUGCUCAGUAACAUCAUAAAUAUACACAUCACUGCAUAACAGUAAAAACUAAUAGAGUUAGGUUGUAGGCCUACACACACUCAGCAGGGAAGAAGCUCCACUGAAUGGAGUGAAACUUACUUCUGAAUAGAUAUGUAUAGAAUUGCACUCAACUCCUAUUUCAUUUUCUGCUAGUUUUUGGUUAUUUAGGUGUUUUAUCUGUAAUGGAAUUGGAUCUAUCUGACUCUAAGGCUGCUUACACAGCACACAUUCAAAGCCCCCGCCUUGUUGUUGUUGUUUAGUCGCUUAGUUGUGUCCGACUCUUUGUGACCCCAUGGACCAGAGCAUGCCAGGCACUCCUGUCUUCCAUUGCCUCCUACAGUUUGGUCAAAUUCAUGCUGGUAGCUUCAAGAACACUGUCCAUCUCAUCCUCUGUCGUCCCCUUCUCCUUGAGCCCUCAAUCUUUCCCAACGUCAGGGUCUUUUCCAGGGAGUCUUCUCUUCUCAUGAGGUGGCCAAAGUAUUGGAGCCUCAGCUUCAGGAUCUGUCCUUCCAGUGAGCACUCAGGGCUGAUUUCCUUAAGAAUGGAUAGGUUUGAUCUUCUUGCAGUCCAUGGGACUCUCAAGAGUCUCCUCCAUCAUCAUAAUUCAAAAGUAUUAAUUCUUUGGCGAUCCGCCUUCUUUAUGGUCCAGCUCUCACUUCCAUACAUCACUAAAGCCCCCACCUACCCAUCCCCAAAGAAUCCUGGGAAUUGCAGUUUGCCCCCUCACAGAGCUACAAUCUCUAGUACCCUUAACAAAUUACAGUUCCCAGGAUUCUUGAGGAUGGAGGACGUGUUUUACCUGUAUGGGGGGAGGGUACACAGCACCAACAUGCUGUUCACAAUGAAAUUAAACAUGAAUGGGAAAACCUCUAGGUUUGUUUCUAGUUUCAGCUAAGAACCUCAUUCCUACAGAAGCUCUUAUUUCAUGAUAUACCUAAUCAUGUAGACAAUGCAUCCUUCAACCACCAUAUUGUAUCCCCCAACUACUAGAAAACCACAACAUAUGGGCUUCUCCAAGAUAGCUGCUUAUACAGAUCAAAACUGGAUUACAUUCACCAUAGAACACAACUGUGAUGUUUAAUAUUACCUUAUAUUUAAAAAACACUAAUGUUUUAAAAAGUGUUCUGUGACACAGUAGGUAAGAAUAGCAAAUUAGCUAAGGUUAAAUUAGCUAAGAUCUAUCAUAGUUGUGAUAACAUAUGUUGGAAAUACAAAGAAAAGGAAGGUACCUUUUAUCACAUGUGGUGGACAUGUUCCAAGGGGAGAGACUUCUGGGAAAAGAUUUAUAAUGAAUUUUAAAAAAUGUUGAAAUAUACAUAUAUUAAAAAAAACCAGAGGCCUUUCUCCUUGGAAUAAUAGGUUUGGAACUGCCCAAGAAAGAUGUAAAGUUAUUUUUGUAUGCCACAAUUGCUGCUCGAAUUUUAAUAGCCAAGAAAUGGAAAACACAAGAACUACCAAGUGUGGAAGAAUGGCAGAUGAAAAUGAUGGAAUAUAUGGAGCUGGCUGACCUUACUGGAAGAAUCCGCAACCAAAAAGAAGAGGAAUACCAAGAAGAGUGGAAGAAAUUUAAUACUGUGAUAUUAAAAAUUAGAAAUUACUUGAAAGUACCAAAAUAGGCCUAGGAUUAAAUUAAGAGUUAAUUAAAUAAAUAAGAUUUAGAACUUUAAGGAAAGUUAAGAAAUUUUAUUUUAAUUGGAAUAUUGUGGUUUUAAAAAAAUGAUAUCAGAAAACUGCUACAUUUUAAUUACAAGGAAAUUCAGAUGGGAGGGCUCAGAGGAAGCCCAAAAUAUGUUUAUGAGGUUAGAAGUUUAAAUAAUUAAUUAAUUUGUGUUGUUUAGGUGUUUAGGUUGUAGGUGUUUACCGGUAUUUUGUUUUUACUCUCUUUUUUGUUUAUAUUUGUGAUCUUGUCUUUUUUCUUUUUUAUCUGUUUUUCUUAUGUUACAUCUGUAAGAAACUUAAUAAAAAUUAUUUUUUUAAAAAAAGAAUAGCAUUUUCUUUCACAUUUGGCUUCCUCUGAAGUUCAUUUUUUCUGUUAAUUAUAUCUUUUAACUUAUUAGCUAAUAUUCUUUUACUCAUGUUAACGGCAGAUGAACUGGAAAAGAAGAUGACAGCGUCUACCGUCAUCAUGCUUAGUGGGGGUAUGCCAAACCCUAACUAUUUCCCAAUGAAAACAGCAAGUAUAACCCUCAAUGAUGGAAGCACCAUUGAAAUUGGAGAACAACUGAUGAAGAGAGCUCUUCAGUACAGUGCUACAGAGGGGUAUGAUGAAAAAUCAUGCAGAGGGGCCCUCCAGACUGGUGUUUUAUUGCAGGUGUAUUCUGCAACAUAAUCCUGGGAACCAUAGUACUGAGUGUUCUUAGGAAAUCCCUAUUCCCUACACAGAGCUACAAUUACCAGAGUGGUUUAACCAACAAUCCCUCUUUCCAGGGAACUCUGUCCAUAGAUGGAUGCGCAACAGAUACAAAAUAAAUUACAAUUUAAUAUAAAACUUUGGGGGGAGAGUGCUCAGAGUUUCCCACAGUCAUCUGGUGGGCCACUGUGAGCCCAGGAUACUGGAAUAGAUGAGCCUUUUGCCUUACCCAGCAAGGAUUUUCUUAUGUUCUUAAUUAGCUCAAGCAACUCCCUAGUCAUUUAUUCAAAAGACUUGUUAUUUAAAAUAAUACUAAUGAACGCACUCCUGGUCCACGUAAAUAAGUUUUUCAUAUCCAUUUCUAAGUAAGUGUUAAGAUGUUUGUGUAUUUCUGUUUGUUUGUUUUUUCUUCAUUGUACCAACUUCAAGCUAACCUGAAGUGGUAUAUUAUGCAUGAAGAACUGAGGAUAUUUAAAAAGAAGAAUAAAAUCUCUGUCUUCCAGAAUGCACAACUUAUUGUCUUGGUUCAGAGACUUGCAGAUGAAGCUCCACAACCCACCAACAGCGACGUAUGCUCCUGAGAAAGGACAAAUGAAGAUAUGUCUCACUUCAGGCAGCCAGGAUGGCCUUACUAAAGUACGAGCGAUUCAAAGGUCAACAGAACCAUGUCAGUUCAGACAACUGAGCCAAAUGCCCACUGAGUCCCUCUAUAGCAAUUAAAUCAGAAGGAUAUUUUUCUGCUGAUGAUUCUUCCCCAUCAUAUCAAAUCAGUUGAGCAAAGUUAAUACUUGAAAAUAAAGACUUGACAUGACUGCUUCAUGUGCACUAUUGGAAAAUACAAGUGUAUUAUUCCAUCAAGUUUUUUUUGUUGUUGUUCCCUUCCAUGGAAAGGUCUGAGAUUCAGUGGAGGUCCCCACUGGUAGAAGGGAAGGGAUUUUUAUCAACUCCCCAUUCCUCCUUCAGUCCUUCACGCUGCUUCCUACACUGUUCAAGAGGGUCUUCCAACUUUCUUGAGCAGCUUUGCAGGAGAAGGAGGAGGAGGAGGAGGAGAAGGAGAAGGAGAAGGAGAAGGAGAAGGAGAAGGAGAAGGAGGAGAAAUUAAAAUUACUUCUCUCCUUCAUCCAGCAGAACUAUCCUAUUUUCAGAAUUAAGCUCAUGGAAACUGUUGACUCCUGUCCCUAGUCAUAGGAGUCCGAGGGGCCAAGGUUCCUUCACCCACACCCCAAUAAAAUAUUUGAGGGUGCCGGGGGAGGGUCCAAAGUUGAUGGCCAUUGGCAUUCAAAUGGAGUGUGUGUGCCACAUCUUACCUGCUCCCCCCCCCAAUCUUUUAUUCAAGUUGGCACCCCUGUCCUCAGUGGAGACAGAACCAGAUGAAAUUGCUUCCAGUUAUGUAGCUUUCCAAUUAUGUAGUUCUAAAUUCUGAUUCUUAAAUAUAAAUAGAUGCACAUCCAUUGUUCUUUAUAGAGAUGAUUGACUUCAGGGACAUAUCAUAGAAUGAUUUAUUCACCAGAGAUCUGCUCCUUGUCAUCUUUGUUUUUAAUCUUCUGCAUUACUAACUAUUUUUAUUUUCUAGUUAUGUAAUGCUUGCUUGUGCUUAGCAUCUAUAUGUAAACUAUAUGCUCAAGGGGGGGGAAGUUGCGUAAAAUCUAAGUUAGGGGUAGUGCAAUUUUAUCAUUUUUAUUUAUUUAUAAAAUGAGAUUAAUUCUGGUUGUCCACUUCUGAGAAGGACCCAAGGCCAAAUACUACACAGUUAAAAGUUGAUCAAAACCAGUUUUAAAACAAAAACACAUGACUAAUGGAAGAAAAGAUUAAAACCAGGAAGCAGAUAGCUAUCAAUUGUCAGCCAGAUAAAUUGAACUUCUGAUGGGAUAUCUUAAGAAAGCAGCCCAAAAACAUUAAGCCAGAAUCAGGGGACAAUGAUUUCCACAGCCCAGAUAUAACCAGAGAAAGAUCUCCUAACAUGUCUCUGCUAUAUAUCUCAAAUACAGACAAGACAUUCAGGACAGCCUUCCUGGCUGGUGUCAAAAGAAGAGCAAGAUAAUGUCACCAUUUAGAUUGGGGGGCUGGCCAACCUGUGGGCCAUAUAUGACCUGAUGACUUGAAUCUACCCUGCCAUAUCCCUUCUUGGGCCCCAACCUGCCUUUGUGGCAAUUAGGUUGAGAGAGAAAAACAGGACUUUUCAUUUUGUUUGCCAAGCCUAAUUGCUAUGGGGGUUGAGGUGGUGAUGAUAUGCCUUACAUCAACACUGGUAAAGUAUUAGGUUUUAAUAUUAAAACUUGGAUAGGACUCCACUAAAAUCCAGUAGGAUGCUCACUGUUUCAAACCUUUUUGAUCUUUUUUUGCAGGCGUUUGAUAUGCUCAUCAACCCAGGCGACAACGUCCUUGUAGAGGAGCCGAACUUCCACGGGGCAAUGUUAGCAGUGAGUUAUCUUUGGGGUCCCAUCACAGCAAGCUGCUAUGCCAACUCUAGUUCUUUGGUGCAUAAACACGCCAUUGUAAAAGUUCAUAUUGGGACUCCGUGAGUGGUUUGCCAUGUAUGACAAGAAUUGUAUCAAAAAGUAACAAGUGUUUUAUUUAAUUUAAGGUAUUUAUAUACUACUUAAUUAUCUCAGUCUCUAAGUGGUGUACAUUACAAAAUAUGGAUAAAAUAAAUUAAUCAUAAAAACAGAAAACUUCCUGAAAAUGCCUGCUUGAUGGUAGGUGGAGGUCUUUGUCAACCACCUGAAAAAAGGGAGAGGGGUCUGUCUGAUCUCAGCUGGGAGGGGGUUCCAUAGAAUCAGGCCCACAAUGCUGGAUGCAGAGCUUCUGGUGGCUACAAGCUAUGCAUCUAAGCUAGGUUUGCCAUUUUCAAACAGUGGUGAAAAUCCGGACAGAAAAGUUGUUGAGCUAUGUCCGAAACCAUACUAACAGAGCCUCCAUUUUGGAUUCCUAAAGUUUACAAAACAGGACCAGGAGCUGCCUUCUUUUGCCUACCACUGCCUCCCUUGUUUUCGCCUGUUCUUUGUGGUUUUUUUCAUUGUCAGUGUGGAUGUUGUGAUGAAUCAACAGGAAUAUUCGCAUAGCAAGCAGCUCAGUUUCAUUUCUCAUGACUAGACCCGUCCAAGCAAGGCCCUUAACUUGAAGCAUGCCAUGAUCAGGCUUGCACGAAGGCCUGCUCAGCUGAAUCUCUGAGCACCCACUGCCACCAUCCCUUCCCCUGCCUCUAUCCCGGUAAAGGGACAGCAGCAAAGGUGGCAAUGUCAGCAUGGGUACUUAGAGCAUCCAUUUCCUACACAGGAAAGAGGCUGGAACGACAAGUCUCAACAUCCCUCCUGGGAAAAUGAAGCUGUUAGCAUCCAUUUCUGGCAGGGAGGGUUUGGAGAGUCUCAAUCCCCUCUUCGGAUAACAACAACAACAACAACAACAACAACAACAACAACAACAACUUAUUUAUACCCCGCCCAUCUGGCUAGGUUUCCCCAGCCACUCUGGGCAGCUUCCAAGCGAAUAUUAAAAACAAUACAGCAAGGAUGAAUCUUUGUGCAUCUCUAAUUGUCACUGGCAUUUAUACUGUAAUAAUAAUAAUAAUAAUUUAUUUUCACCCCGCCCAUCUGGCUGGAUUUCCCCAGCCACGCUGGGCGGUUUCCAACACAAUAUUAAAAUACAAUAGUCCUUCAGAUAUUAAAAGCUUCCCUAAACAGGGCUGCUUUCAGAUGUCUUCUAAAAGUCCGGUAGUUGUUUUUUCCUUUGACAUCUGGUGGGAGGAUGUUCCACAGUGCGGGCGCCACUACCGAGAAGGCCCUCUGUCUCGUCCCCUGUAACCUCACUUCUCGCAAUGAGGGAACCGCCAGAAGGCCCUCGCUGCUGGGUGGAGACUCUCCUUCAGGUGUACUGGACUGAGGCCAUUUAGGGCUUUAAAGGUCACCACCAACACUUUGAAUUGUGCUCGGAAACGUACUAGGAGCCAAUGUAGGUCUUUCAAGACCAAUGUUAUAUGGUCUCAGCGGGCGCUCCCAGUCACCAGUCUAGCUGCCACAUUCUGUAUUAGUUGUAGUUUCCUGGUCACCUCCCAAGGUAGCCCCACAUAGAGUGUGUUGUAGUAGUCCAAGCAGGAGAUAACUAGAGCAUGCACCACUCUGGCAAGACAGUCCGCGGGCAGGUAGGGUCUCAGCCUGCGUACCAGAUGGAGCUGAUAAACAGCUGCCCUGGACACAGAAUUGACCUGUGCCUCCAUGGACAGCUGCGAGUCCAAAAUGACUCCCAGGCUGCACACCUGGUCCUUCAGGGGCACAGUUAUCCCAUUCAGGACCAGGGAGUCCUCCACACCUGCCCACCUCCUGUCCCCCUAAAACAGUUCUUCUUUCUUGUCAGGAUUCAACCUCAAUCUGUUAGCCGCCAUCCAUCCUCCAACUGCGAUCCAUCCUCCAUCAGCUACUACCACCAGCAUAUGACAUUUCAGAACCAGUUUUAAGGGGCACGGUAUAUGACUUCUGUAUACGAGUGGUUUCGAGCUUAGCUGCUGAAAUAAUGUCCUGGUUUUAAUGGCCUCUGUGGAUUGGAUAAUAAAUUAUGUGUAAUACCAUGUUUCUUUUCAUAAACAGCUAAAAGCCUUGAGAUGUAACAUCAUCAAAGUACCUAGUGAUGCCCAUGGAAUCAUUCCCAAAGGCUUGAAGGAGAUUCUUUCCAGGUGGAAAUCAGACAAUGUGCAUAAGCUCACGGACAAGCCCCCUAAGUUCCUGUACAGUGUUCCUAAUGGUGGCAAUCCUUCUGGGAGCUCCCUGACAGCGGAACGCAAAAAAGAGAUUUACCAGGUAAUCCUUGGUACCCGGGCAUCAUCUUAAGAAGAAACAAAGACAGCAUUUCCACUAAGCAACCCUAGGCAGGUAUACAGAGCAGCAAUUUAAUAUAGACAACUGUGCUUGCUUCUUCUUCUUCUUGCUUUUUUUGCUUUUUUUAAGAAACUACCUACCAAUAUGGAGUGUGGUCACCUCUUCUUCCUCUUUGCAGCCUAUGUACUGACACCUUAUUUUAUUUUAUCCAAAAAGAGAGAGCACUAGCUGGCAGUACUACAAAUGCAGCAGCAGAUGAGAGAGAUGUCUCUUUCCCAAAACAAUUAAGCAAAUUCCCUGUGCUCCCAUCCUCGCUGCUCUGGAACAGCAAAGGAAGAAUGGAAGGAAGAAGGCAGCAAAGGAGAGUUCACAGAAAGCAAGGCCAACCCAGGGCAUUUUCCCACUUGAGGCAAAACAACAUGGUGCCCCCUGCUUCCUCCUCCCCUCCGCUGCCACCUGAGGUGACUGUUCAUCAACUCAGCACAAAAUGGGAAACAUGAACAUAAACUUGGGACACAUCAAUUUUCCAAGGUUUUCUCAUGUUUGAUAGGACCACUAUUGUUUUGGCUUGUUGGCAAACCAUAGUUGUGUAUGCACUGACCAUUCCACAAAAUUAUUUUCUCUUCUUUUCUUGUUGGUUUAUCUUUUAGCUUGCCCACGAAUACAACUUUCUUAUAAUAGAAGAUGAUCCAUACUAUUUCAUCCAGUUUCAGAAGGUAAAAUCAAACUAAUAGCACUUCCCAAACUAAAUAUACUAAUUGAUUUGUUCUGUGUAUGUUUUCUUCUUGACACAAAAUAAAAGCAUGUUCAUCCUCUAGAUCAGCGGUUCUCAACCUGUGGGUCCCCAGAUGUUGUUGGACUACAACUCCCAUCACCCCUAGCUAGCAAGGCCAGAGCUCAGGGGUGAUGGGAGUUGUAGUCCAACCACAUCUGGGCACCCACAGGUUGAGAACCGCUGAUCUAGAUUUUAAGGCUCCUUAGGCACUUAGGCCCAAGAACAUAGGAAUAUAGGAAGCCUUACAACCAAGUCAUCCCAUUCAUCUAUCAAGAGCAGUAUUGUCUACACUGAAUGUUGGCAGCUCUCCAGGAAUUCAGUCAGGAGUCUCUUCCAGCCCUACCAGGAGAUACCAAAGAUUGAGCCUGGGAGUUUCUACAUGCAGAACAGGUGCUCUACUACCAAGUCACAAUUCUUCCCCCAAAAGCAGGUGACAACCCAAGUGUAGAUGAUUGACAGUCUUGAGUCACAUGUCACACAGUUCUGCCUUGCCCUAGCUUGUCUCUUUUAAGAAUAUCCAGUUUUUCUUUUCCUCCAUCAUGUCUAAGCACAAUGGUCAUAUUUUUCUUUCUAGACCAGUAGUUAAUGCUUUGAUAGCUCCAGUAUCUUUGCCUCUAACACCUUGAUUACUUCAUCCUGCAGCUUCGCCAAAGCUAACUCCACUUUCCUGGCUAUGUGCACGCCCCAUGAUUGGUUCAAGGUGCUUUCAAUGCAUUGUAGAGAGCACACUCACAGUGGCAAUAUAUAGCCCUCUGUCUUUUGUGGGGAAAGGUCCUCCAGAUCCCAUAGAAACUGCAGGAUCAUCUCAGAGACCCCUACACACACCUGGGCUCUCCUAGGCCCAGGUUUGGCGUGAUGACGAUGAUAGUCAUUAUCUCCAUUGAUCCGUAGGUUUGGCAUGAUGAUGACGGUCAAUGUCUCCAUUGAUCUGUGCUGGUGUCUAGAGGUUGGUUCAUUUUUUAAAAAAGUUCUAUGCACCAUUUGUACAACUUCUAGGUAGGAAAGAAAUACAAUUUUUCCCCUUCCCAUUUCUUACAGGACUUUUCAGGGGAAUAGUUUGCUAUCAUAUUAAUGGUUACUAAUCUUGAUGUCUAUGUUCUGCCUCCACUGCUGGAGCAGUACUCCAGCUGCUGAAAAUGGCUAUUUGGCUCAGAACCUGCUGAACUAGGUACUGGACUAGGUGGACCACUUCAGCAGUAAAUAACACUGACAGCCUCCAUCCCUUUGCCUCUGACAUCUUUGCCCCUGAAUCUAACACGGCUCUUCUUAUGUUCUUAUCCCACCUCCACAUAGCUCAUGUGCCAAGCGAAACCUUAAUAUUGGUUUGUUUUGUUUUAAUAAUAUUAUGUUAUUUGCAUUUUAAGACUAAAGCGCCAUCAUUUCUUUCAAUGGAUGUUGAUGGUCGAGUCAUCAGAGGUGAUUCUUUCUCUAAAAUUAUCUCUUCCGGGUGAGUAGAAUAUGGAAGUGCAGAACAUGCUCCCUGUAGCAAUACCCCUAUCACCUUAAAUUAGAGUGACGAUGGAGAUUUUGAAACAAUAACGACAUUUGAAUCUGUCAAAUACUGCAAAUUGAAAUGCUCGUUGCACGGCUAUGGGUGUUUUCAGUGAUUUGACAGCCCUCACAAAAUCCAGACGGAAUUGUACAAAACAAUGUGCAGAACAAAAAAGGGACAAAAUUUAAAACUGGGGACUUGCCAAAUUAAGUAGGGUGUGUGUCUUUCAACUCUUUGUUGUAUUUUCUCUUCUAUAGGUUGAGAAUAGGCUUUAUAACAGGACCUGCACCUUUUAUAGACAAAAUUGUUCUACAUACUCAGGCCUCAACAAUGCAACCCAACACUUUUGCACAGGUAAACAUUAGUCAUAUAUUGGAUUCCUUUUCAAAACUAAAGCUGUAAUCCUGAUAACACUUAAUUGAAAGUGGGGCCCCAAUUGAAUGCUUAAUCCUAAAUAAACAUAUAUAGAAUUCAGCUAAAAGUCGAAGCACUCCCAGUCAUGGUUCCCCUCCAAGGAAUCCUGGGAACUAACAGUGAAUACACAAAUCUUGCAUAUUUUAUUUAGAUUGUGACAUCACAUUGGGUGCUUUCUUGCUUUCUCUUGCAGGUCAUCGUAAUGGAACUUCUUAAGAAGUGGGGGCAAAAGGGUUUUCUGGAUAAUGCAGACCGGUAAGGGGAUUAUGAAAAUGCUAGCAUUUGGGGAAGGGCUAUAGCUCAGUGGUAGAGCAUCAGCUUUGCAUGCAGAAGGUCUCAGGUACAAUCCCUGGCAUCUCCGGGUAGGGUUGGGAGAGACUCCCUGCUUGAAACCCUGGAGAGCUGCUGUCAGUCAGUGCAAGCAAUCCUGAGCUAGUUGGACCAGUGGUCUGACUCAGUAUAAGGCAGCUCCUUAUGUUUCUAACAUGCUCACAGUCCAUAGGCUGUAAGUGUCACUUUCAUCAAUUCCAUAGAAGAAAUUAUUAUUAUUAUUAUUAUUAUUAUUUGUAUCCCGCCCUCCCUGGCAAAAACCGGGCUCAGGCUAUAGUUAAUGGAUACGGUUGACAGUUGGCCACAGUAUCUCAUAUCACCAGAUCAGAAAAAAGCACCUUUGCCUGUGAAAGCUCUCGCCAUGGUCCUACCGUCUCUUCAUUCUAUUUUGAAAUAAUUGAUAAUAGAGGGGGAGAACAAGAAAAAAAAAUUCUCUCCCUCUCUGCGCAGCGCCCCUUCAGCGAAGUGGCAGGAGACACGGAGCCCCUUCCAGUUCUCCUCCCACUUCGCUGCAGGGGCACGGUGCAGAGAGGGAAAGCUGCGCAGCGCCUCUCCAGUGAAGCGAAGCCAGGAGAGCAAGAGGGGGUGGUGCGCACCACCCCCUCUUGCUCUUCUGGCUUCAGCGAAAGCAACGGGAAGCCUCCGGAGCGCAGCGGGAGAUCCCGCUGUGCUCCGGAGGCUUCCCGUUGCUUUCGCUGAAGCCAUGGAGCCUGCAUUCGCUCCAUAAGACGCACACACAUUUCCCCUUACUUUUUUGGAGGGGAAAAGUGCGUAUUAUAGAGCAAAAAAUACUGCACCAUCUACCCCUUGACAUGUGUCCUACUUACCUUCCCUAUUUCUCUUGAUGUCAUUCAUUCAUUCAUUCUGUUAUGGUUCUUGGCAGGCAGAGGUUUCCCAUUAACUUUACUGCUGCUACAUCGUGGAAGAGGUGGACAGCCUAGGGUUAUGUAGGAGAAUAUACAAAGAAACCCACACUGUCCAUUUCCCCACCCAAAUAGGAUGGAGAAUUUGGGGAGCUUAUUUUUCACUCAAACUUAUAAUCAAAAUGAAUUCUGAAGAAAUCAUACUAACUAGGAAGGAUGCAAUCAUUAAAUUCUCACCCAAAUAUAUGCUGUCUUCUUGGUCACACCUGAGAUCGUGGGCAACAAUGCAUUUUUUUUCCUUAAUCCAUGAAAGGGGUAGUAGAAGAAACAGUGCUAGCCAUUUCUUCCACAGUAAAUUGUUGCCAGCUAUUGUGUGACCUAAGCAACUGCCCAUAGUCUCCAUCCACAGUACAGAGAUUGAGUGCCUUGUAUUGCUGUUCAAGUUAUAUUAGUUCUGAAUGUGACUUGUCUAGAACAAUUUAAUGGAAGUGCUACGGCUGACACAUGACCCCCACUUUUCUUCGCUAAGAAUGCAAGCAUUGAUUGUUUGUUUUCAGAGUGGCAGAGUUCUACAAAAAACAGCGCGACACGAUGCUUGCUGCAGCAGACAAAUGGCUGACAGGUCAGUGAACUCACUCCCAUGGGCAAUUAGAUGUAACAAUGUGCCCAGAUUUUUUAUAAAAAAAAACCCCACAAAAGAUUCUUUACAGAUUUAAAGAAGAAACACAAAGGCUAAGAUGAUUUUAACAUGGUAGGAGUGAGAAAACGGAUGGGUUAGGGUUGCCAUUACUACUUGUCAAACAGUUGCCCCUUGAAACGAGCAUCUGCCAUUCAAAAGAACUCCAAACAGAAUGGAGUGUGUCUCCUCCAUGCGCCACUGGUGUGCACAGCAUGGGUUAUCAAGUUAUUUGUCCACAUCAUGUAGAGUGUUCGUGUUGGCGGCACCAGGCACGGUCAAUAAUGAGUGCAUGGAAACUGCCUGCUGAGAAAAGUCCAUUAGGUGCUGCACUCUGAGUUACUGUGGAAAAUGCAACACAGAGAGAUAAUUUUAAGCAGUAUCUGCUUUAGAAAUGAAACAUUUAGACUAGUCUGUAGAGCACAUUUCUUGGCCUUCACUUCAUGAGACUAAGAGCUCUAGAUCAUGUUAGGUAUCUUAGGUUGUUCUUGGUGCAACCAUACAUCUGUCAAGAACUGGUGACAGUUCUAACAUAGUCUUUGCAGCCAGUAGCGCUUGUUUUCCAGAGUAAAAACAGGUAUGUCUGGAAGGCAGGAAGGUAAAAAGAACUUGCUAGAGGAGAUCCUUAUAGCUAAAUUAGCCAACCAGAACUAUGGAAUGGUACUUCCUGGAUGUGUGAUUAGCAAAUGACAUGGGCUUCAUUUUGUGCCUUCUAUUUCCUGUCAUCAGAUUAUAACACCACCAUAGUAGUAUCUGGAUGUGUCUCACAUCAUCAGAAAAAGAGACAUUGCUUUGCUAUUGGGCCAAGCAGAAAAACAGUAUGAUGGUAAAUGGCAACUUUAAACUCCAGUUCUAGUGCUUGUUUACUUGACCCACAUGUAAGCAUGAAGCUCAGGUUGUGUGAACUCACCCUUGGAAUGUCCAAGGACCAUGUGUGCUCAAAACCAAUACAUAUACAAGACUAUGAUAGCUAGUUGGCUGAGUGUGGUAGAAAAUCUGGCCUCUGACAUGCGAAACUGUAUGGCUGAGGCCCUGGUGAAGAAGGCUGAAGUGUUCUGCUACACCACUGUGCUUGUCGUAAGCACUGAAUUUUUUAAAAACACAAACGCUUGAUAAGCUUGUUGGGAUGCUUUCACUUCAUUGUUGUACUUUCUCCUCUAGGUUUAGCAGAGUGGCAUGCUCCUAAUGCUGGACUAUUUUUGUGGAUUAAAAUUAAGGGGGUUACAGAUACAUUCCAGAUGGUCAUGGAAAAAGCACUGGAGAAAGGGGUAGGAAAAAUUGAUUACUCUACUGCUGUGGUAAUGGGAAAGGCUGAAAUAUUUCAUGAUGUGGAGUUGGGGGGUGAAUGGGCUGAUGUCACUGGGCUGUCAUGUCCGAAUAAGGAUGAGAAAGAAAUUCUGCUUUAGUUUGCAUUUUACUGCAAACCUGAUUAAUUUGCACUUCCCGAAGAAAUCUUAAUCCUACUCAAAGUAGACACAUUACGAUUAAUGGACAUGAUUAAUUUAUUUACAGCACUUUCAGUAGAGUCAAACAUAAUUAGAUCAGGCUCAUUUGUAUCCUUUGAAUUUUUCAUUUUUCUGAAUUUUGCAAUACAACUGUGAUGUGUAGAAAAAUGGGCAUAUUAGGGGAAAGUGUGCAUAAAAAUGCAUAUAUUAGUUAAAAUAACAUCCAAUUAUGUGUAUUAUUUGGCAAAUUGCAUACAAAAAUGUAUAUACUGGGAGAAAUACACAGCAAAAUGUUGAUGAAUACUCAAGACAACUUGUAUAAUGGUGUGGAAAUGUGUAAAAUUGAUCUUAAGGCUAGAAAAAUAAGGGGGGGGGCUGAAAUUCAUGCAUCCCUGCUUCUGACCCAGUCAUGCAGUCCAUAAAUUUCUGUGGCGCUCAGCUUCUACCAGUUCUAUUGUUAUAGCCUUAUUGUUGUGUUAGCAACAAAAAGCCGUUUCAGAGGAAAAUGCAAAUGAAAGAACUUCUUGUAGAAAUUCUGCAACUGAAAAUGAAAUACUCCUGAAAAAUAUAAAUGCAUGCCAAGUAAUCCAGUUCAGUAAGGUGGAGCUCCAUAGAACUACCAUUGAUUUAUCCUUUUGAAUUUAAUUUCCUAUUUUUUUUACAGCAUAAAUCAUUUUACGUAAGUAAUAUGAUUGCUUUCUAUGAGCCCACAUCAUCCACAAGAAUAAAGUGUACUAUAAUAAGCAGGCCAGAAAUGAACUUGUUUCAGCAGUUUUUCUCUAGUUUAAUAUGUAUGGAAAGGUCUAUUUCUUACUUCUAUCUGAGAUAACUAAAAUUUAGGGGAUGGAUUAAACUACCCUGUUCUGCUAGUAGAAGCCAGUACAAGCUAGUGCAAUAGGACACAGGGAAAGAUUGUUCAUUGGGCUAAAGUAUAUGCUUUCAUUGAUGGAAAUAUGUUGAAUUUCCAUUCUAUAACUCCUCCCUUCCAGUUAUUUCACUACGUAAACAUGUGGAGAUAACAUGUGGACAAUAACAGAUCUACAAACAGUAUAUUCAUGCAUGAUAAAUUAGUAGUAUCUACAUACACACAAGCAAUAAAAGUAAUGAACAAGUCAUAAAAAAUAAUCAACAUUUUUAGGUGUCUUUACUUCCUGGGAAACCUUAUAUGAUUGAUCCCUCAGAACCAUCUCCUCAUAUCAGAGUUUCCUACUCUUUCGCUACUCCAGAUGAAAUGGACCGGGUAAGUGCAAUCUACUCUCUUGUUGUCCAAAAAAAGGAAUUACAUGAGAAGCAAAAUUGUAUGAUUCUAAAUCCCACUGAACUCAAUAGAACUUCCUCCUGAGUAGACAUGUAUGGGACUGCACCAUCCUAAGUGAAACAGUAGGCAUGGAGCGGUAGAUUAAUUGCUGGAUCCACAACCUUGCCAGGGGAAAGGGUAUGUGUGGGUGGCAGAAACAAUUGAAUUGUCUAUUUUUGCUGUGCCAACUCUCAGGCUGGUGCAGCAAAGGGGCCUGAGCUGGGCCAUUCUGAGGGAAAUGGACCUGCUGUGGACCCAGUGGAUUCAUCUAUGGCCCUUGCCUACAAAAGUCCCAUUUAGGGAUUUAGGUUGUUAGCUACUGCCAGCAGGACUCAGCGAGCACAGCAGGGGCUUCUGUGGUGGUUUGCCCUGCAGCAGAGAGAAGUCCCUGGCAACAGUGUAGAUUGGGAAUUUAAGUUGCUGCGUAACUGUGAUGGCCAGUGCCAGUAAACGUCUACAGAGACGAAACUCCUCUUGAGUUCAGUGUGUGUAUGUUAAUUAUGUAUAGGACUACAGCCAAAUUGUUGCAUCUUGGUUCCAGGGAAGGGAAUGGGGUUUUUUUGCAUUUGAUUUGACAUUCUCUUUCUGUCAGAAGAAACAACUGAAACAGUUUUUAUUGAAAAUCAUUAGUGCAAGUAAAUAAGCCCCAUUGGAAACAUUAGAAAAAUUACCAAACCCAUUGGCUUGAAUAUUCCAGUUUAAGUGCAAAUUGUUUUCUUUUUUUAUGUUGUGAAUAAAAAGGAAUAAGGGAACAAGGUGCAUUUGACAAAAAUGAAGAAUAAAUCACAGUCGGUUUCUGGAUCGUUACAAAAACAUUGACUUUCUCUUUCUGUAUUAAAAUAAUUGUGGGUUUUCCAAUACUCUCAGUCAGUCUCGUCUUAAGAAUUUUAAAUUACAAUAAAAGUCUGAUAACUUGCAAAGAAGUGGCAUAUAUUUUGCCCUCUCUUUGAACUCCCAGUAGACUUUACCACCUAGUGAUCAUUUUUACACUUUAUGGUUAUGCUUAAAGUGUCCUUCCGGUUCCAUAUACUGCCAGUAUUUUACAUGUGCUGCUGAAACAGAAAGACUCAAGCCAAGAAGAUACAAGAAAGGCACACACACAACACAGCAGUGAAUAGACAAGUUUUAACAACAAUGUAUUGUAUUAAUGCCACUAAACCAAUACAGUGGUACCUCUGGAUAAGAACUUAAUUUGUUCCAGAGGUCCGUUCUUAACCUGAGGUACCACUUUAGCUAAUGGGGCUCCUGCUGACCCGCGAUUUCUGUUCUCAUCCUGAGGUAAAUUUCUUAACCCAAGGUACUACUUCUGGCUUAGCGAAGUCUGUAACCUGAAGCGUUUGUAAACCGCGGUACCACUGUAUACUGGAGCAAAUAUACUUAUUUUGUCAGAUAUAGGUAUUUGUCACUUCAGUAACUUAAAAAGGGGUUCUUAGAAAGCAGGUAGGUUAGGAAAUAACCCAAAACCCAUCUCUGAAGCAGACCAUCUAGCCUUUGGUAAAGGUGCUCUCCGAAGUCUCUGAAAGAGGUUUUCCCCAGCAGAAGUCUUCAUACUGCUGCUGUAUCCAGAACCUUGUCUGAAACCCUGGAGAGCCACUGCCAAUCAGUGCAGAAAACACUGAGCAAGCUGGACCAAUGGUCUGACUCUGUAUAAGGCGGCUUCCUAUGUUCUCCUGCCAAUUUGCUGUAAAUCAGCCAGUGCUCUAGAUUUCCGUACACCCAUAUUCAGCCCACGUCUUCGGCGCCUGCAUGGGCUGGGUGUCGGGAGCACCUUCUCUGACCUUCCGAUCACAGGAACGUAGGGACAGCAACACAGCAUUCCCAAGGAAUAGGUCCUGGUGCAGUGGACUCGCAUUUGCUCAUGUGAGCACCUCAAAUGCAGCAGAGUAACGGAAGCAAAGCUGUGGAGGUUUUGUUGCAUACCUAAUUUAUUUCUUCUAAUUAAACAAAUAAAAGAACAUAACAAACAUGUACGAGAGAAACAGCUCUCUCAUACUGCCAUCUUGUCUCUAGACAGAUCAAAGGAGGGAAAAAACACAUUACUAGGGAUGGAAGUCUGGAAGAGUAGCUUCUGCCCCCUCCUUUCUCUCAGACAGAAAGUAAAACAAACAUGAUCUGGUGAUCCUUGCAAUGGGAGAGAUGAAAAUGCUGACACUACCAGUAUAGAUCCUGAUCUGCCCAUUCCUGUUCUGCGGCCAGCUCAGUUUUGAGAAAGGAAGUGUUGAACAGCCCCACCGCACACACGGGCACACACCUUGAAAGCAGAAAAGUGUCCCAUCACGGGAGCAUGUGAUGAAAGCCAGUAGUCAAGACUGGGAAUUUUUCACCUGCCCUACCUUCUACAUCCAAUAAGCAAGAACAGGAGGGUGAAUUUGCUUUGGGAUACCGGGUUAAGCAUCAGUCUCCCAGAUAUCCCAUUCUUUAACAAGUGGUGCCAAGGCUGAACCAGAGACCUCGGGCCUGCAUAGCGUUAGAGCUACCGUUAAGCUUUUGUUCCUCCUGCAUAAUAAGCUGCCCCCACUAUCAAGUGCCUCCUCUGUUUGGACAGCAGGAGGACUUCUCUCGAUUUCCUCCAUUUUUAUGGAGGCUCUCAGCACAUGGUUAAGAUUUUCCAUAAGCAGAAAAGUCUUUCUUCUCCAGAAGUCACACCAAAACACUGAGAAGCCAGAAGGAAAUGCGUGAUAAUAGGAAUAUUUAUUUGUUUUACUGAAUAACCAGCUUUCUUCUGCUGUAUAAACAUAAAAGGGAAACACCAUGAAGUAUUAUAAGAAUGGUAUCUAAAUUCAUAUAGAAUGAUAAUAAUCAUUGCAUUUUUAGGUAUCUAUGUAUUUGAAAAAUACUGUGGGUUCAAAUACUAAAUAGCUGCCAUGGGUAGCAAAAUAAAAAGAGGUGCCUGUACUUUGUAACCAGUGAGUACUGUUAUUAAAAAGCCCUGAUAAUAAUGGCUUUAUGAGAACCCUGCUGGAUCAAGCCAAAGGCCCAGGUAAUUCAGCACCCUUUUCCCACCAUGGGAAGCCUACAAGCAAGAUCAGAGUAAAAAGAAAUUUGCACUGCAUUCCUAUGCGUGUUUACUCACAAUUAAGUUUCAGUUUAGUGUGGCUUACUCUCAUGUAAGCAUAUGUAGGAUCAGCGCACUGCACUGCACAUAACUUUCAAGUAUUGGAUGAAUUCCUAAUGAUCAAAGGCGACAACGGUAUUUGCAUUAAUAGUUAAGAGAGUUAGUCCACUAAAAUGAAUAUUUAAUUAAUGGACAGCACUCCCACAAGAGUAGAUUUUUUAUUAUUAUUAUUAUUAUUAUUAUUAUUAUUAUUAUAUAAAUUAGUUGCUCACACCAUUCAAUAAAGCCUGUCUUUGGAUUCCUUCAGAUGAAUGGGCUUUGUUUAACUACAGGAAUAUUACUUAAAUAAUACUGAGUUUUGUCAAGAUGAACUAUGAGCAUUUUGGAAAGCAUGUUCUUGCUCUUUUUUUUAGGGUUUCCAGAUACUGGCUGAACUUAUAAAGGAAGAAACUGCUUGAUACUUACAGUGAACUAGCUUUUACCAAAAUCUUCACUGGCUAAUAUUCAAAACUGUGCCUCUAAUUUCACAGAAUGUUCUGUUAAAUAAAUCAUUGAUUAUA